AUGAAGACGAGACAAGAAAAAUUGAUGAAAGAAGCACAAGAACUAGUAGUGCAAGAAGCUUCCAUCACUCAGUCUGAGCAGAAGGAAGUCUUGGAUAAGGCUGAUCUCGAAAGUGCACAAGAACUUAUAAAGCAAGGAGCCUCUGCCAUUCAGCCCAAAAUUAUGAAAGUUAUUGAAAAGGAAGACCUGGACAAAGCACAAGAGAUGAUAGCACAAGAACGCUCUAAUGUUGAACCAUCCUGCAAAGAAGCCGCCACUUUACCCUUUGUUGGGUAUGGAGGAGUAAAACCUAAAACCCCACUUGUGCCAUAUGUUGACUCCCCGUCAAGCUCAAAUGAUUGGAUUGAGGAGUCUUCACCUGAUCUAAUCCCUCCACAAGAACGCACUAAUACAGAGAAGGUCGAAAUAACUCUUACACAAGAACCUGUUGAAGUGGAAAGGGACGAAAGUCUAACUCAAACCUCAAAGAUUGAUCACUCAAGUCUCCCACAAGAACCUCACAAACCAGCAGAGACGAAAGGAGUGAUCAACGGGCAUACUCUUCCGGAAGACCAGGCUCUCCACCAAGUGGUUACACAUGAAUAUCAUCGAGUUCUUAGUUGGCAACAAUGGAGAACUUCACAUCUUGAAACUCUCGUUGAAAGACUUAACAAUAUGUGGGAAGAAGAAAGAGUCAGAGAUGAGCUUGCAAGAUUGAACCGCAAUGACCCGUCAGCUUCUACAAGCUAUAAGCCACAUCGUGAUCCUAAUCCAAGUUCUUCAAAUGAUGUUGGCAAUAGUGAUGAAGACGAGGACAAUGGUGACGAAGAUGAAAGUGAUCAAAAUGACCCGAACCAAAAGGAUCAAGAUGCUGAUAAUGAUCAUAGUGAUGAUGAACAUUAUACUGGUGGAAACGAUAAAGAUGAUCAUGAUGGUGAUGAUCAAAAUGAUAAUGACAGUAAUCAUGGCGAUGAUCACAAUGCUAGGAAUACAAUGAUCGUUAACUCAAAUAGCAGGUCGAAUGAUUCUGACUCGAAAGAACAACAACACGAACCAUCCAACUCGGGUCUUGCUAGAAAGAACAUUCUUCAGAUGCUGAUGAUGGUGAACUAA